AUGGUCGCCCUCAGAUGGAUCAUCAGCGCAGCUCUCGCAGCCUCUACCACACUGGCGGCAGCGAGUGACUUCGCCCCUGCCGGAGUAUUCAUCCACCCCAUCCUCGCAAAACGUCAGAACGAGUCAGCCGGCUCCCCAUCGUACAACUGUCACGACAAUUGCGGCCAAGCAAUCAUUGAAGUUCGCAAUUGCAAUGCCACUAUCUGCGACGACGAGAUCUUCAAGACGAACUACGAAAACUGCCUCCAGUGCGCCGGUCCCGACAACGAGGACAUCUGGCAGUACUACGGCAACUCCAUCGAGACCGCCGCCGCCUCGUGCGGCCUGGACACGGAGCCGCUCUCCGGCGAACAGGACGCUGUCGGCACUGCUAUCGAGGCUAGCAACAGCACCUCGGCCUGCGAGGCUGCUGCGGCUGGUGCUGCGUCGUCCUCCGCAUCUGCCUCGGCCACUGGUGCCUCUGCCUCUGCCUCUGCUUCCGCCUCCGCUUCCGGUUCUGCGUCGGCCACUGAGUCUGCGUCUGCAUCUGGUACUGCCUCUUCUGCUGCGAACGCGGCGCCCACCGCCGUUGCCGACUUUGCUGCUUACGGCGCCGUCGCUGUCGGUGCUCUGUACGCGUUUGGACUUUGA